GUGGUUUUCACGUUGCACAAAUGUGUCAAGCACCACGGAGCAAGUGACGAUUUAGCUAACGUAUGUGACUGGGAAAGCUUAAUCAAAUAAACACAAUGUAUCUGAUAUAAUUUAGGUUUGUGGGAUAUUGAAGCGGAGAUACGCGUGCAGUCGUUAAGAUGGAACCCAUCCCUGUUGAACAUGUGAAGACCCCUACUGAGGACUUUUAUUGGACAAAUAACUAUUGAUGUGUGACCGAAGCGUGGAGAUGGCUGGAGGUGACAGCGGUCCAGAUGGGGAGGAGCCUGCAUUACCAUCAUCCACAGGAGGAGGUGGAGAGGAGGCGCGGGGGCUGACAGGGCAUCAGGGCGAAUGGGAUAGGAUAAAGCGCCUCAGGGGGGAGGAGAGGGGAGAUCCAGGUGGAAAUGAUGGGCAGGAAGAUGAGGAGAUGACCAGCGGAUCGCAUGACCUCUCUUCCUCGGCCAAUCACAGCCCUAGUAGUGUGACCGGAUCAACCUCUGUUUCAACAAAGAGUGAGAUCACAGACGACAGAGGGCAGUCUCAGAGAGAGGUAAUGGUUACAGUGGCUGAGAUGAAGAAAAGGAUACCAACAGAUAAACGCAGUCGCAGCAGAGCCAGCACUGUGGAGACCCUGCAUUACGCACUCAACUGUGUCAAACAGGUGCAAGCCAACAGUGAAUACUACAAACUGCUGAUGGGACAUGGCCAGGAUAAGAGGAGUGAUGUCACUGUUUGCACCCUGGAAGAGUUGGAGAGAGUCACAUCUGAACACACCCUUAAAAACAUGGACUCCUUUGUGGUGGUCUUCUCCCUGUCGAGCGGCAGCGUGCUGUAUGCGUCAGAGCAGGCUGCCAGCAUCCUCUGCUGCAAGAGGAAGUUCCUCUUGUCGGCCAAGUUUGUGGAGCUGCUCUUCCACCGGGAUGUCAACGUCUUCUACUCACACACCGCUCAGCCAUAUCUGCCGCCCUGGAGCAACUCGCAUACAGCAGGAGUUCUGUUCGACUGUGCCCAGGUCAAGUCCUUCUUCUGCAGAAUCAGGGGUGGUAAAGACCGUGAGGGUGAGAUGCGUUACAACCCAUUUCGGGUAACACCCUACCUGCUGACGGUGCAGGGAACAGGAAGCGGUGUGGAGGAGGAGGAGCUGUGCUGCCUGGCACUGGCUGAACGCAUCAUCUCUGGAUACGAGGCACCCCGGAUCCCCAUGGACAAGCGCAUCUUCACCACCACACACUCCCCCGGCUGUGUGUUCCUGGAGGUGGAUGACAGGGCUGUGCCGUUGCUUGGAUACCUUCCCCAGGAUCUGAUUGGUACAUCGUUAUUGACUUGCAUUCACCCGGACGACAGACCCCUCAUGCUGUCCAUGCACCGGAAAGUGUUGAAGUAUGCCGGCCAGUCUCCGUUCGAGCACUAUCCAGUCCGCCUGCGCUGUCAGAACGGAGACCACAUCACCUUGGAUACCAGCUGGUCCAGCUUUAUCAACCCUUGGAGCCGCAAGGUGGCAUUCAUCAUUGGACGGCACAAAGUCAGGACGAGUCCGCUGAAUGAGGAUGUGUUUGCUGCUCCUACUAAAGAGGAUGUCCCCGUCAACCAUGAGGAGAUUAAAGAUCUACAAGCAAAGAUCUAUAAACUAUUCCUGCAGCCGGUCCACAACAAUGGUUCCAGUGGUUACGGCAGUCUGGGGAGUAACGGCUCUCACGAGCACUACAUCAGCAUAGCUUCUUCAAGUGACAGCAAUGGGAACCUGUGGGAGGACUCGCGCCGGGAACCGGUGACUUUGCACCAGAUCUGUGCUGAUGUAAAACGAGUCAAGAGUUGGCGCCAGCACGCUUAUCUGGGUUACAAUCACAAAAAUGCUCUUCUUGGGAAACGAGCCACAGCACGUCUGCCCCCUGCUGUUUCCAGCCCUGAGGUUGGGGAUCACGAGCAAAGCAGGAAGCAAACAUACAUUCCCUCCUAUCAGCAGAUAAACUGUGUGGACAAUAUCAUCAGAUAUUUGGAGAGCUGUACAGGCCCAGCCCUCAAGAGGAAGAGUGACUCUCAUUCCUUCUCUUCCUCAUCCUCUACCUCAGAAGACAACAAGCCUGCUGAAGCCACCGACACCGCUCGGGCCCGCUCGGAUGUGGUUUUGGACAGUGCGGCCUCAGGCACUCCGACAUCAGCUGCAGUUGUUGGAACACCUCUGACAGACAUCACAAUGUCUACUAAGGCCAUGAGUGUAGUCUCUGUCACCAGCCAUUGUUCGUACAGCAGCACCAUCGUCCAUGUGCCACAGCCUGAAUCAGAGGCUACAGCACUGGAGGACACCCCAAUGGGCAGUGAGCCAGCUGAUGCUGCUCCGACCUCUGUCCGGCCCGCCUCGAGCCCCGCCACAGAGGAACCAAUGUUAAUAGGUCUCACCAAGGAGGUGCUGUCAGCUCACACCCAGAAGCAGGAGCAAGAGUAUGUGGAUCGAUUUCAUCAUCGUAUCCUGCAGAGCCCCUACAGCUCCUAUCUUCAGCUGGACAACGGCUCCAUGGCUCACUCCCACCAGCCAGGAGACUACCCACCUCCAUUGAGCGCUGGAGGGAUGAACCGCCCUCGGAGGGGGAAGCCCAGACACAAGCACCACAAACCCCAGGGAUCCUCAGACAGCUACGCUUCCCUAGCUGGCCCUCCUCGUCGGGUCCCAAACUCCUCCUGGCCCUAUUCAGAGUCCUCCCAGCCCAAGAUAGGGGCACUCUACAGCCAAACAUCCCCUCUCCAGGCGCAAUAUUUCCCCAUGAUUACCCAGCCUGGUCCGGGGCAAAUUACCAGACUACAGCAGCUGUCUGGAGGAACCCCCAUGGUGCUGCAGCCUCCGGACCAAACCCAGCUCUGCUUCAACAUCAUGCAGGCUGCUCAGAGCCUGCCGGGCAGUCAACCAUUCCAGAUGGAUCAUUUCCAUAACCUGCACAAUAUUCCCAACUUUCCCAACAUGCAGCCCAUGGCUCCAGCACUGGGCGUCAACCCGUACAUUACUCCGGUCAUGGCUGUCAUCUUGCCCAGUUACCCACCAUUCACUCCAGGGUACCCCCUGUCCACUUCUACUUUGCUGCCUCAUGCACCCAUCACCAUGGCAGGCUUUGCUCUUGGUAACAUCCCGCUCCCUCAGCCCCCGUUCCAGGCCCAGCCAGGUCCCCUCACUCAGACCAGCCUCAGCCCUCUGCUUUUGUCACCCAGAGCCAGCUCCUCUGUCGGGGAGGAGGAGGAGGUGGCUGGGCCUCAAGCUUUAUUCUCCAGUUCUCGCUCCAGUUCUCCACUGCAGCUGAACUUGCUGCAGGAGGAGCUGCCAAAGCCGAAUGAAGGGCAGAGCAGUACCGGGCUCAACCAUGCAGAAAGCCUCUGCCAACAGGAUGCCAACCAGGGUGAUAACCCCAGUGGGUCAGGGAACCAUGAUGCCCAGUUAACAUCCAGUGAGCUGCUCGACCUGCUGAUGCAGGAGGAUGCCAGGUCUGGGACCGGCUCCAACGCCUCUGGGUCUGGAGAGUCCAGAGGCUCCCUGGGAUCUGGAUCUGGCUCCAAUGGAACCUCCACCUCACAAACUGGCAGCAGCAACAGUAGCAAAUACUUUGCCAGCAACGAUUCAUCGGACACAUCCCGAAAAGCCUGUAAGAGCCAGGAGGCACCGGCAGAGCAGCAGUGCAGCUUUGACAGUCGGGCGGAGAACUCUCUGUGGGGAAUGAUCCAGCACACACCUGAGCGGGUCAUGAUGACGUACCAGAUCCACAGCAGGGAUCAAAAUGAGGUGUUGGCGGAGGACAGGGAGAAGCUGAGGGUGCUUCAGCCCCUGCAGCCAUGGUUCAGCUCGGAGCAGAGACUGGAGCUGGCAGAAGUCCAUCCCUGUAUCCAACAGCACAUUAUCCCACAGGAGAUAGACACACAGGGUUGUGUGAGUUGCAACGCGGGACAAGGGGUCAAAGUGUCCCCUCCUCCUACUGCCAAUGAGAGCCCAUCCUCUCUGGAGAUCCCACAGCAGGACUCAAUCGUACCUGUACUGGACUCUUGAGGGAACCCCUAAAAAGUACCAACCAGCUCUGCCAGAAACCUUAAAAAACUCCCACCAUGCGCCUCCCGAACCAGAGGAGUCGACCCCUAUGCUUUAGUUUGAUGUUUACCAUGUAUUGUUAAGGCUUUAGAGACAGGAACAAUUUCUAAGGACCGGAGGAGAUAAAGGAGCUUUCCUCUCAGCAAGCCUAAUGUGACUGCCUUUAACGGACCAUAAAAAUGAUACCUCUCUCUUUGUAGUGUUCAUAGGCCCUUGUAGGGGUUAAGUUUGUAUUUAAAACUGAACAGAAAUCGGCACAAUGAACCACCUGACACUCAAUGGAGGAAGAUGUUUGUUGACCCUAAGCAUGAGCACUGUGUACACACAGACUCAGGUUGGAUGUGUGACAAAGACAAAGACAGUGCAGGCCCUGUUUGAGGGUCAGAGCACACAACAGACUCUUCUUCAGAGACAUAGAGUGCUGUACGGAUACCACUUCAACUGCACAGAAACGUACCAUGGUUGACCCAUGGUAGACAUUUUUGAUGGACACUUACACAAACACACAUGUUCUGCUCUGUUCAUAAUGUUCCUGUCCUAGUCCUGUUAAGUGAUUGUAUUUGAGAUGUUUGUCUAUUCCAUAGGGUGGAUUUUCUCAUGUCUAGAACAUCUGUUUUUAUGUUCGUCCAACUCAGAAACAACAUUAGGAGUUCAAAUUGAAUUUAUUGCUACAACACAAACUCAACCCGACGUCGUGUACCAGCACCCCACAGUUACUUCAACUUACCUUUAAUGUAAAGACACAGCUUUGAUCCAAAUGUCCUUAGAUCCGGGGUUUACUCACUGGAUUUAUUUCCUCUUUAGACUCUGUUUCUGUUGACUGGCUGUUUGUUUGUUUGUGUGUGAAAGAGAAAGACAGAGGGGAUUUAAAUGACCCAUUUAAAUGUUGUUGCUAAUUUUUUCAUACUGGCUUCAGAUUGCAAGUGUGUGAGGUUUGAUUGAGUGUGUGAGUGUGAGCGUGCAAUCGACGAUGCAGUUAUCCAAAAGCGCAAGACAGAACAGGGUUUUCUACCAUUUUUAGAUUGAAAGAAUAUUACAGUACAAAGUAUUUUAUAGAAAAAGGACACAAAACCAACUCCACAAAGAGUACAAAACCAACUCCACAAAGAGUUUAAAAACGCCAUUUGUCUUGAAUUCAGGGACUUUUGUUUGUGACACAAAAUAAUGAAUAAAUGAUGUCGUAACAUG